UCCUACUUCCUGUAACAUGUAAAACAAAAUGGAUGGCAAUAAGGACGAAAGCGAGCGAUGUAUAUCACUUGCGAAGAAGUAUUUGGCAGAAGGCGAGAAAUCAAAAGCUUUAAAAUUUCUCAAUAAAGCAGAAAGGCUUUACCCUUCACAAAAAGCGAAAGAAAUAAUAGAAGAAAUAACUACAAUGAAUGGAACAGCUACAGGAAAAAAAACACAUUCUGAAGAGAGCACAAAAGAAAAUGUUCGACAAAGGAAAAGUAGUACAGGACGGGGUGGCUCAGAGGAAAACAAGGGGGACUCUGAUACAGUAGAUAGGAGUUACACACAGGAUCAGCUAGAGGCAGUCAAGAGAACAAAGAAAUGUAAAGAUUAUUAUGAUGUACUUGGGGUGCAGAAAGACGCCACAGAAAAUGAUUUAAAGAAGGCAUACAGAAAACUAGCUUUACAGAUGCAUCCUGACAAGAAUAAAGCCCCGGGAGCAACAGAAGCUUUUAAAGCGAUUGGCAAUGCAUUUUCUGUGCUCAAUGACACAGAAAAGAGAAGAAAGUAUGAUUUGUAUGGUCCUGAAACUGAUACAACUUCAGACCCAAGGAGAGGUCAACAGCAUGGCUACUCACACGGUUUUGAAGGUGACAUUUCCCCAGAAGAAUUAUUUAACAUGUUUUUCGGAGGAGGAUUUCCUACAAACAAUGUGUACACAACACACAGACCAAGACAUGCACAUCAGCACCAUCAGCACCACCGCACCACAAAUGUCUCCAACGAUGGAAGCUACACUUUGCUACUGCAGUUAACACCAAUUAUCUUACUAGUCCUUCUGUCACUUCUUAGUAGUUUCUUUGUCAGCGAUCCACUGUUCAACAUGCAUAAAACAGAUAAAUAUACUUUUCAGAGAAAAACAGGAAAUCUUCAAGUUCCAUAUUAUGUUAAAAAAGAUUUUCGAGUUGAAUUCAAGAGUGAUUUACGACGGUUAGAACGGCAAGUAGAGGAAGAACAUAUAUCAUCAUUACGCCAAAACUGUUGGAGGGAGAGAAGCUAUAAAGAGAAUAUGCUUUGGAGAGCAAGGAAUUAUGCAGACGCAAGAUUGUAUGAAAAAGCUAGUAACUUAGAGACUCCUUCAUGUGAUCAGUUGAACAAGAUAUAUUCUUCAUGAUACCUCUUGUUAAACAAGCGUGAUCGGAAUGUGAUGUUGGUUCCUUUUUCAAUUUCCCUGUGAUGACGGAAUGGAACUGUUGGUUCCCUGUGGCCCUAACGACCAACCCACGGAGUUGUGAAUUCUUGAUGACAUGAAACAUGUCAGGUUUGAGUUUUAUUGUUAUCAGAGACAUGCCUGUGUGUAAUAUAAAGAUGUAUGACCGGGUGAAAUCAGUAAGGACAAAGUAUUGAAACAGUGUAGCACAUGUGUACCUUAACUUUAACAUGGCUCAUCAGGUUGAGGGUUUCCUGUAUUGUGAUUAGUAAUAUUGACAUAAACACCAGUUUUAGAGGUUCCAAAACAUUUUCUCUCGUGAGUGCAGCCCUGGGUCAUUAAUUCUUCUCGGACUAGAGGCAAUAACUGUAGUGUAGGAUCUAGAGGUGAUUGUAAAUUACAAAGUGUGUUUAGAUGAAUUUUGAAUAGAUGUUUGUGGUUUACAGUACUUGUAUGCCUUUUCCAGUUCUAUGGUCCAAUAUAUAUUGCACACAAAGCCUUAACAUUUUUGUGUACUCCCAGAUAGCUCCACAAGUUGUAUAACAAGAUCAGAGUUAUGUAAACUCUUUACAUAUGUCCCAUUUUGGUAUGAAGGAGGAAAGUUGUUCAAGUAUUGCAAAAAUUUAAAUCAUUUUUCAUUUUGACAGCAAAUCUGUUCUCAUGUUAUCCUGAGUAUUGAAGUUGAACAGUUGUUAUGUUUAAAUGGGCAGUAGAAUUGGAGGUGAAAGUGAUACCAAUUCCUCAUCUUUUAACUUUUUGCAAAAAAGACAAACUUCUGUUGAGUUGAUAGGUCUUUGUUGAUAUACAUGCAUGAUCCGAUAUACAUAUGAUAUUAUGACAUGUUUCUGGUAACUUUAAAAUUGUGGAUGUGUUAAUGAAAAUCAGGGAUUCUCUUUAAUUGUCCAGACUAGACAGUGUGACCUGAAUGUCUUGUGUGAAUGAAAGAGGAAUGUGGACGAGGUGUUGUGUGACAACCUGUGUGGUUUCGUGUGUAUGUAUGGAGAUUUAUUUUUGUGUUCAAUGAUGUUAGUAUGUAUCUUUAUGAUUUACCUGGUAAGUGAAAUGUUGAACACAUGUACAUUAAAUGUAAAUACAAAGUGCUCGAGUAGAUAACCACAUGCGAAAGUACUGGCUACAUAAGUAACAAAGUGUAUUUUACGUUGUCAUCGAUCGUAAGUGUUCAUAUUUUAUUUGGUGUCGCAUGUAACUUUAUACCAAUACCAGUCACGUGUUACUUUUCCAGAUUAAAUAUCGUUUCGAUUUUUUAAAUGGUAUAAAUUACCCAAGUUUGAUCAUAUGUUAUGUUGAAAUGUGCCUGAAAAAGUGACUGUUGGGGAGUUAAAUUCACUGAUGAAUACUCUCAGUAGCUUUACAUCUUGUAGUAUGCUUGAUGAAUACUACAUUACUUCAUCGGGUAGAAUUAGGAGGAGGUAACCAGAGGUUCUACAAAUAUUAAUCUGAUGAUCAUCAUGCAUUUAAGGCAUUCCAGGUUUUCACUUUUACAAAAUAGGUCUCAAAAGUAGGAGAAUGUUAAAGAAAGACUAAACAGAGACCCUGAUACUUUGUGUGUAAGCAGAUAGUGUAUUAGUCAUGAUUGCUAGAGAAUGUCGUAUGUGAAUGUUGUAUUGAUAUGAAUGUUCAUGUAUUGAGCAAAGGUAAUUUUCAGUUUUCAAAGAUAGUAAUUAAUAUAUGAUUUUUAUUAUCCUGUCUGUAACUUUCUUCAGUUAAUUGAUUUUUGUAAAUAAGAAAAAGUUUUUAUUUAUAAGUUAGUGUCAGUGGUGAUCUUUUGUAUAAAUGUUACAUAUUUGUGCAAUCAUUCUUUUGCUAGAUGGUCAAAUAAAAUUGGUAUAUAACAACUAUUUAUAUUGAUAACUUAUUAUGCAAAACAAAUCUUUUAAACAGAGAAUCCAAUCACACACAUUUACCUCCCCUAGGUAGCUAGAAUGGCGAUGACACACACAUCGCAUAUAUGAAAUGGGAGAUGACUGGCAUUAGUUUAAAUCCUCAUAAAGAAAUUAGUUAGGGACUAAAUCAGUUUGGACUGAUAAUGGUUAUUAUUUUAAUGUUGUCUAUAUUACUUGACAUUAGCUGUGUGAUUAACAUUCUUUUUUAGCCCUUUUCACCUUAAAUUUCAAAACUCAACUUCCUUACAUGUGACAGUUUAAGUAGCUAUGUGUACAAUGAAGGCAUUGUUGGACAUUAUGGGACAAGUUAUAUUUCGUAAAAAAAAAAUCAUAAGAUUUUUCAUGAUGAAGAAAUACUUGAAGCACAACAUGUUUUUUUCGAAAUUUCUUUUUGUUUGAAAGUAGCAGAAUAUGGUGGCCAAUCCAUGCUUCUAUAACAUGUAUGUCCAUUUUGUAAUUUCAUGUCUGUCAGUUAUCCAUGAUUUUUUUUUUUUCACCUGUACUUUUCAUAUCCGAAUAAGUUUUUAAAGUCCUUACUAUUUGGUUGUUUACACUUAAACAAGUAAAGUACAUCAAAUCAAAGAGACUUUUUGUUUUUAUAUGGAGUUUCCUGAUUUACUGAUGUUUUAGUUCUAUUAAUGACUGGUGGAUUCUGGAAUUUUAGAAAUGUUAGAUUGUCACUUUUUAUAUUGAAGGACAGGAUUGAAUGAAAACAUUUUCCAUUUAAUUCAUCAAGUGAAUGCAGUACAUUUGUUUUCUUACUAAAAUAAUAUUUCAGCGAAUAUGUACAUAAAAUGAAUAUUUAACAGUUAUAGAUCUUACGUGGUAAUUAAUCUGCCAUUUUCUUCUGUAAAAUUUGUAUAUCCAUGUUUUUACACAGUCAAAUUACAAAUGAUAAAAUUUUAUAAAAAUAAAUUAUAAAAAGGGUAUAAAAUAUCAAUACUAGCCCUUGUGGGGUUUGUACAAUCUUAUAAGGUACAUGUAUAUAGAGCACAUGUAUAUAUCUCAUCAGUGUACCUUGGUGAUUGUGUAUGUGUCUUGUCCACCCUUUGUUUACAGUGUUGAUUCACUGUCAAUAAACUACACUCCAGAAUCGUACCAUUA